AGACGGUACCGGGGCGCUGCCGGGGGCACUUCCGGGGGGCACUUCCGGGGCGGGGCUGCGGCCAUGGCUCCUCCACUCUGCCCCACAGCGCCCCCCCCCCCGCAUGCCCCACCCCUGCCCCAUAGCCCCCCCCACGGCCCCACCUCUGCCCCACAGAUCUCUCCAUGGGCCGCCUGCGUCCCCACCCCUGCCCCAUAGCCCCCCCCACGGCCCCACCUCUGCCCACAGAUCUCUCCAUGGGCUGCCUGCGUCCCCAUCCCUGCCCCAUAGCCCCACCAAGCCCCCCCCCCGCCCCAUGGCUCUUCCCAUGCUCCCGUUCCCCGCCCCAUAGGCCACCCCAUGGGCUCAUCCCUGCCCUAUGGCCCCCUUGUGCCCCAGCCCAGCCCCGUAGACCAUGUUCAUAGCCCCUGUCCCUGCCCCAUGGCUCCAUCUCAGCACAGCAGCCCCAUUGCUGCCCCCCGACUAGCCUUGUCCCUGCCCCAUGGCUCCAUCCCAGCCCCACAGCCCUAUUUCAGCUCCUGGACCUGUCCCUGCCCCACGGGCUCGGCCCUGCCCCAUAGACCGCUUCUGUAGCCCCGUCCCUGCCCCGUGGCUCCAUCCCAGCCCCACAAGCCCAUCUCGGCCCCAUGCCCCCCCCCCCGGCCCCUGGCCCGGCCCCACGGCGCGGUGCCGGGCGCAGGUGCGGCCGCUGGUGACGCAGGAGCAGCUGCUGUGGGUCAGCGGGGCGCUGGGGGCCGUGGACACGUUCCGGGUGCCGCUGCUGGCGGCCACGGCGCGCGGGACGCUGCUGGCCUUCGCCGAGGCCCGCAAGCACUCGGCCGCCGACGUGGGCGCCAAGUUCAUCGCCUGCCGCCGCUCUGUCGACGGAGGCGCCACGUGGAGCCCCACGCGGUUCAUCGCCGACGACGGGGCGGCGGGCGACGGGCUGAGCCUGGGCGCCGUGGUGGUGGCGGGCGCCGAGGUGCUGCUGCUCUACGCGCUCUGCGCCCACCGCGCCGCCUGCCCCCCCCCAGCACCAUGCUGCUGCGCAGCCCGCGACGACGGCCUCUCCUGGGGGGCCCCCCGCAACCUCUCCGGGCAGGUCGGCACCGCCGUCUUCGCCCCCGGGCCUGGCUACGGCAUCCAGAAGCAGCGCGAGCCGGCGCGCGGGCGCCUCGUGGUCUGCGGCCACGGCUCGCUGGAGCGCGACGGCGUCAGCUGCCUGCUGAGCGACGACGGCGGCCGCAGCUGGCGGCGCGGCGGCGCCCUGCGCGGGAUCCCCUUCGGCGCCCCCAAACGCCCCUUCGACUUCACCCCCGACGAGUGCCAGCCCUACGAGCUGCCCGACGGCUCCCUGGUCAUCAACAUCCGGAACCAGAACUUCUACCACUGCCGCUGCCGCAUGGUGGCCCGGAGCUGGGACGGGGGCCGGACCCUCCCCCCCGAGGCCGUGACCUUCGACCCCGCCCUGGUGGACCCCGCCGUCGCCGCCGGCGUCCUCGUCACCGCCGGCCUCGUCUUCUUCAGCAACCCCGCCCACGAGAGCCAGUGUGACCUGACGCUGCGCUGGAGCUUCACCAACGGCACCACGUGGUGGGGGCGGGGCCUGCAGGUGUGGGCGGGGCCGAGCGGCUACUCCACGCUGGCGGCCCCGCCCCCGAUGUCCCCGGGCGACGCCCCCAGCCUCUACCUCAUCUACGAGAAGGGGCGGAGCCAGUCCACCGAGAGCAUCUCAUUGGCCAAGAUCAGCAUCUUCGGGGUGCUCUGACCCCGCCCCCCGGGGGGUCAAUAAAGGGCUCGAUCCGG